AUGAAAUUUCGUUUUAAAUUUCAUACACAAACUUAUUCAAUAACAUCGGAUGAUAUUAAUGAUGAACUAACAAUUGUUGAAUUAAAAAAUAAAAUUAAAAAACGUUUUUUAUCCUUGAGAAAGUCAAAUUUUGAUUUGUCAAUUAAUGGAAUAAAUCUAUUACAUGAUGAUGAUAAAAUAUCAAAAUAUAAUCUUUUUACUGGAGAUAUAUUAUAUAUAUUAAAUGAAACGAUGUCAUUAUUAUCGAUAGAUCAACCAUUAACACUUGAUGAAGUACAAGAUUUACAUACAUAUCCCUUAUCAAUACAUCGUCUUGUGGAAUAUUCACAUCCAGAAAAUGAUUUUGAUUAUAUUGUUUUAGCCUUACAUGCAUUAAUGCUUGAAAGUGGUUUUCAAAUGGAUACGGAUAAUGAUUAUGAUCUAACAAUAGCACGAAAAUCAUCAACAUUUUAUGUUAUUCGUUAUCGACAUAAACUAUGUGAAGAAGAACGUAUUCGAUGUUCACUAGCAAUUAUGAAAACAGAUUCAUUAGUGACUAUUGAUGGUGUUGUUAAUCCAAUAUCACAAGCAUGUGGGAAUCUAUCAUUUAAUAUUGCAAGUUAUUUGUAUCCACAGAAAGAAGCAAUGGCUCUCAAUGCAGUCUUUCCUUACCAUGACUUGCAAAACCUUUCACGAUCAUUUAAAGACAAUUUGGCAAAUCGUUUAUUAUGUAAAUUACUAGAAGAAUCAGGUCAACGAUCUUGUGCAACAUUAAUUGGAUUACCAAAUGAAAUUAAGCUUCGUUUAGCGAAAUAUCUACCAAUUAAAUCGUUACUUGCAUUACAAGCUACAUGUCGCGAUAUUCAUAAUACAUUAAAUGACAAUCUUCUUUGGCAUGACUUAUGUAUUCGAGAUUUUGAAAAAGCCGCUUUAGUUUCAAUCCCUCAUACUCCAGACAGUUCAACAAAUGGAAAAAAUUGGUAUAAACUCUAUCGAAUAAUGUACGCUCAAAAACAAGCAACACUUCGACAUCAAAUAAAGUCAUCUCCGUUUUUUCAUCCACCAUUAUUCCCACUAAUUCCACCCGGUCAUCCAACACAUCGAUUACUUUUUCCAGAUACAUCACCUCCAUUUCAUCCAUUUUCACCAACAAUUUAUCGACCUAUUCCACCGGGAAUUUUUCGCAUUUGUACAGCAAACAAUCAACAAGCUCAAUCUCCUCAGCAACCACAAGCUCAACCUCAUAUCUAUUGUCAACCAUUUUUUGGACUGAAAUGGGUUGUAAUUUUCGCAGCUGCUACAAUGAUUCCAUUACCACCAUGUUUUCAUCAUGUUUGGCUUGGCUAA